AUGCGCGUGCUGGUUGCAGCGCUCGCCGCGCUGCUGGCGCGUGCGCUUGCCACCCCUCACGAGCAUCGCGCGAGACACCAUGCGCCUGACCAUGUUCCUCAUUUCCCUGCCCCUGUACCGCCUCAACCCUACCGCGGACACGGAGAGGCUGUCAGAUAUAACCCCGAAUUAGACACAAUCCUUCCGCGCCUUGAUGAACACGAAACAUCCUCGAAACGCGCUAAAUUUGAGGAUCCCGAAUCCUCCUCCAAAAGAGCCAGCGAAGAAAGGUUCUAUUCAAAUCAUGAACGGAUUGAUGAACUCAUGGCUGAUGAGCCCCAGCUGGGACCUGAAGCUGAUGAUCCGCUAAUUGUCCGUACGCGAAAGGGGAGAGUUAGAGGCUUAACUCUCACGGCGGCGACUGGAAAACAAGUCGAUGCGUGGUUCGGGAUCCCAUAUGCUCAAAAACCAUUGGGUGAUCUUAGAUUCAGACAUCCAAGACCAGUGGAAAAUUGGGGUGAUGAAAUUCUUAAUACAACAACACUGCCACACUCGUGCGUCCAAAUCAUAGAUACCGUAUUCGGAGAUUUCCCAGGAGCAAUGAUGUGGAAUCCUAAUACGGAUAUGCAGGAAGAUUGUCUAUACAUAAAUAUUGUGACACCAAAACCACGUCCAAAGAAUGCAGCAGUCAUGCUGUGGGUGUUUGGUGGGGGAUUUUACUCAGGCACGGCUACAUUAGAUGUGUAUGAUCCAAAAAUUCUUGUGUCAGAGGAGAAUAUCGUAUAUGUCUCAAUGCAAUAUCGAGUUGCAUCGCUUGGAUUCCUAUUUUUUGAUACUCCAGAUGUUCCUGGAAAUGCUGGUUUAUUUGAUCAGUUGAUGGCUUUACAUUGGGUAAAAGAUAAUAUUGGCUAUUUUGGUGGCAAUCCUCAUAACAUAACGUUAUUUGGAGAAUCUGCUGGCGCUGUUUCAGUCUCUUUACAUUUAUUAUCACCUCUUUCUAGGAAUUUAUUCUCUCAAGCCAUUAUGCAAUCUGGGGCAGCUACAGCUCCCUGGGCUAUUAUAUCACGGGAAGAAAGUAUUUUGAGAGGUAUGAGAUUGGCUGAAGCAGUCCGAUGUCCUAGUUCAAGAUCAGAUUUGGGUCCUAUGAUUGAUUGCUUAAGAAAAAAAAGCGCAGAUGAACUUGUAAACAACGAAUGGGGAACUUUAGGUAUCUGCGAAUUUCCUUUCGUACCUAUUAUUGAUGGUUCAUUUUUGGAUGAAAUGCCUAGAAAAUCUUUGAUACACCAAAAUUUUAAGAAGACAAAUAUUCUUAUGGGUUCAAAUACAGAAGAAGGUUACUACUUUAUUCUCUACUAUUUAACUGAACUAUUUCCAAAAGAAGAAAAUGUUGGUAUUUCAAGAGAACAGUAUCUACAAGCAGUCAGAGAGCUCAACCCAUACGUAAAUGAUGUGGCCAGGCAGGCGAUAGUGUAUGAAUAUACAGAUUGGCUUAACCCAGAUGAUCCAAUAAAAAAUAGAAAUGCCUUAGAUAAAAUGGUUGGAGACUAUCACUUUACAUGUGGUGUUAACGAAUUCGCUCAUCGCUAUGCCGAGACCGGUAACAACGUUUACACUUAUUAUUAUAAACAUCGUAGUAAGAAUAAUCCUUGGCCGUCCUGGACUGGUGUAAUGCAUGCAGAUGAGAUUAACUAUGUCUUCGGCGAACCCCUUAAUCCAGGAAAAAAUUACUCUCCUGAAGAAGUAGAGUUUAGCCGGCGACUUAUGAAAUAUUGGGCUAACUUUGCUAGAUCAGGGAAUCCAUCAAUGAAUGCUGAAGGUGACAUGACCAAAGUACAUUGGCCCGUUCAUACGGCGUUUGGUCGAGAAUAUUUGUCCUUAGCAGUUAACUCCAGUGCUGUCGGCCACGGUUUACGAGUAAAGCAAUGUGCUUUCUGGCAAAAAUAUUUGCCUCAACUAAUGGCUGCCACUAGCAAGCCCGAACCACCUAAUAAUUGUACCAACAUUGCAUUUUCCCUGCGGCCAUCGUUUGACAUGAUCAGUUUAAGCUUUAUAUCGCUGACAGGCUUAAAACUAACUUUAUUU